AUGCCGUCUUUCUUCAAAUUCCUCAGAGGACUUAUCUGGGCCAAAGAUUCCUCUGCCACUACUUUUUCUGCUGGUGUCAAGGCGUGGGCCAAAUAUGAGAAAACCCGCGAGUUGCGGUAUCUGGAGCAGGCAGUCCAAAAUCACCAGGCAGCCUUAGAUGCCCGCGUAUCAGGUCACCCUGGUCGAGCAGAAUCUCUCUACCACACCGCUAUGGCCCUUUGGGCGCAAUGCGAACUUGGUGCGGUAACGAGGGAAACCGCUACCAUUGUGAUAUCGUAUUACGAUGAGGCCCUUCGUCUCCUGCCACCGGUAAACAAGGCUGGACACCGAGCGAUCAUCCACAACAAUCUUGGCCUUGUUUACUUCAGACUCUUCCGCCUCGGAGAGGAAAAUCCGGAGGCUUUCCCUGACAUUGGUCCCAACCUCGACAAAGCGAUCGAAAAUCACCGAUCCGCACUAAAACUCAAAGCGGAGAGGGACGACCCAAAUCGCCCAACGUCCCUAAUUAACCUCAGCAUUGCUCUUAUUCAGAAAGACAACGAAGCUGAUCUAACGCAUGCCAUUACCUACCUUGGUGAAGCUGUUGAGCUUUGCAAGGCGAAGGCGAGCGAUCGACCUUCGCUCCUUUUAGCCCUCAAUAGCCUCGCAGAGGCGCACGAUAGUCGCUACUAUCAUUCUGAAGACGUCACGGAUGUUGUGGGUCAAGUUGACGCCCUGCGAAGGGUGCUAGACUUGUUGACGGGUGAGGGGAAAGGGCGGCUCAUUCCGCUUCUCAACCUGACAAACGGCCUCUGGAGGCUUUGCGAACAACAGCCUGACCGUGGCGACGAUUUGGAAGAGGCGGUUCGUCGCGGUCAAGAGGCAUUGAAACUCUCGGAUAGAUCGGAUAAAAUAACCCAUUUCAAUGUCCUCAUUACUCUCGCCGACGUUCUUUUCACUCGAUACACCCAAAUCAACCAGAAGAGGGUUACGGAUUUGGACCAAGCUAUUCAAUACUAUCGCGAAGCCAUCGAUCCUGACCCUGGGGAGGGCCGCGAUCCCGUUCUAUACAGUAGCCUUGCCUCUGCCAUUUAUGUCCGUUGCCAGGACUUUGGGGAGGUGGAUGGAGUCACCCUGGAACACGCCUUUUCGUACAACCUCGAGGCUUUACACGCAUGCCCUCAGGAUGACCCCCUGUACCUGAAGAUUCGGAACGACCUAGGGAGUAUAUAUAUGGCACAGCACAAAAAUUCGGGACAAGAGGGUGACCUGGCCAAGGGCGUCCCGUCAUCUGACGAUACCGUUGCUCCUCCACCUGACGAACAGGAUUACGCCCACUUUACGGAGGCCUUCAAAGAUGCGAAAUGGAUUUUCCAGGAUAGGCGCGGGGGUCAUUCGGAGGCAUCAGACGAGACCGUCUCCACGAAGAGUCAUUCGAGAUCCCGGGCAGGGAGUGUUCGAUCUCUUGCCAGCAGUGUUUCGGGAAGAUCCAUGGCGAGAAGUGUUUCGAGAUCUUCAACGAGGCAACUGUCCCUUUCCCAGCCCCCUUUACCAACGUUAAAGUGA